CACGCCACGUAGCUCGGACAAUUCUCGAUUCCAGCACACGAGUCAUGCACACGUUCUGGACCCGCGCAAAUGCCGUGUUCAUGGCGGCGUUCACGGCGAUGUCCAUCAUGUGCACGAUGACAACGCUCACGACGUUCUUUCACACUCCUGCCCCUGUGGUGACCAAGCUCGAGCUAAACCAAGUGCAUUCGUUGCGCAACUUUCGGGACAAGACGGACCGUGCUGUGCUGUCCUUCGAUUUGGACGCAGACUUGUCCUCCGUUUUCAACUGGAACACGAAGCAGCUCUUCGUGUACGUUGUUGCCGAGUACGCAAGCCGAACGAAUGUUGUGAACCAGGUGGUCGUGUGGGAUGCCAUUGUCCCAACACGGCACGAAGCUCACCUUGUGCGAACGAACGAGAAUGUCAAGUACUUUUUGGCGGACCAGACCAACGAACUCCGCGAUGCCGAUGUUACGCUCAAGCUGAAGUGGGACGUCAUGCCUGUGUGCGGUCAGUUGCUUCAAUACGGUGCGGGCGAGGCGUCGUUCCGUCUCCCGUCGGAGUACUUUGGGUCGUCCACCAAGAGCAAGCAUUAAGGUCCUAAUCCAACAAGUCUCCAUUCGACACGUCGUUGUUAUUUGAAUCAUGAGCUGUCAUCACAUCG